GGCACAAUUAAAGUUGAAGGUCGUCCUAAGCAUGACUGCAGGCGAUAAGUUGUCAGGUGUGCAGCAGCUGUUAUCGACGAGAAGCGUGAUAUCAGAUAUUAAACACUCGAUCGCUAUCAAAUGUGAAAACAUCCUGAAAUCUCCGGAGGAAAAUAUUCACUUACUUAGAGACAUUAUAAAGACUUUUGAGUCUGAACAUUUCCGAAAAUUCAAACAAAUUAGGGCUUUGGUUAUUGCCUCUUUGUGUGUCGUUUUCAAGGACGUGCUACCUGCUUACCGCAUACGACCUGCUACUGAGAAAGAAAAGUCUCAACCGACUAAAAAAGAAACUAGGAAAAUAUGGUAUUAUGAGGAACACUUACUUUUAAACUACCGGAAGUAUAUUGAAUUGCUCAGAGUUAUCCUAAGAGACAAGUGUUUGGACAUGAAGUCUCCUCGUUUGAAAAUAUACUCAAAAUUGGAUUGGAAUGAAAACGAAAAGCUAACUGCCAUGAGGUGCGUCUGCCAGCUCUUAGAAAGUCAUCCAGACUUCAACUACAGCAAAGAGUUAAUAGAAGUUUUACCUCCUUACCUCAACAUCACACGGACACAGGUUUCUUCACUAAUAAUAAAGACUCUAAAUAACAUGUUUGAAAACGAUACUGAUCGGGACGUUACUCUAACGAUCUGUCGUACCAUUCAUCGCUUUUGUCGGUCAAAGUCUUAUAAAGUUGGAGUCUCAGUCAUCAAGGCUUUGUCCUGUGUCUCUAUUACAGAGGUCGAACGUCAUGAAGAGGAAGGAAAGCCUAAGCUCGAUAGGCGUCUACGCUCACGGCGUGAAAGAAAGGAGUCCAAAAUGGAGCGCAAACUUCAGAAGGAAAUGGCUGAAACCCAGUCCCUUCAAACAAGAGAAAAACGUCUGAAAAUGAACACCUUGGUCAUGAAUGAAAUACUGUUUGUUUUCUUCAAAAUUUUGAAAACAACUUCUGACUCUGAACUUUUGUCUGCCAUUUUUAAAGGAUUAUCUAAAUACGCCAAGUUAAUCAACACACAGUAUGUAGACAAUCUUAUGUCUGUUCUAAAUGGAAUGGUAGCAAAAAAAUCAACCAGCAUUGUGGAUGGUCUACAUUGUGUACAUACAGCUUUGUCUAUCAUAUCGUCAUCUGAUGCGUCUGAUGUUCUCACUACAGAUCCUACUGCAUUUUGUAAUCAUUUAUACACUAUCCUGGGACGCAUCGCGGGUGUCGGUGUGAGUAAUAUAACAGAUAGUGACAGUGCAGUUUCUCACUUAUCUUCCGUAAUCAAAGCCUAUGAUCGCUCGAAUACCCCAGCUGCACAAGCUGUUGCUAAUCUUGUGCAACGAUCUAAAAUCACCGAAAGUUCAAAUAAAACUACAUGUUCAGAUGAAAUCACUUCUGUUACUGCCAGUAUAAGCAAUAGGAUCAGUGCAUACGAAAUGGAACAUAUCUCAGAUACCCUUAUAUCUUGUUUAAAUAUACUUCUUGUGAGAAGAAAACACGAGGUUUCAACCAACCGAAUCCUCGCAUUCUCGAAGCGUUUAGCUAGCGCAGCUUUGGCAGUAUCAGAUCCAUACUGCUCCAGUUCCUUGCUUAUCAAGCUUUUUCAUCUUCUUCGUCUUUUUCCGCGUUGUGAAAUUCUGUUCGACUGUGAUCCAGAAAUAUGCAGUAACUAUAAACCAGAUGUAAAUGAUCCAGAAUUAUGCUUUCCUGCCAGCGCAUGUUUAUGGGACCUACUUCUAUUAAAAAAGCAUUCUGAUCCCGUGGUAAAUCAACUAGCUAAUUUAAUUAUGCAGUGGGGAAACGAUGUUUGUGUUGGGGGGAUAGGAGCCACUUCGACAAAACAGUACAUGCUACAUAUCGAUGGGAGACAAGUUUCUUUAGACCAUCUAACGCAUCUGUCAUCUGAUGAUCUCCGUACUGAAUUAAAGACGCUUAUCGAGAAAGAUAUUAGUGUUCCUGAAAUACAAUCCACAAAACAAAUAAACACUUCCGAUUUCCAGUUAUCGGAUUCAUUCAUAAAAUAUUUAUCAAAAUAUGAUCUAACUUCAGAUGUUGAGCCACCAGCAAAGAAAAUGAAGUCAUUAUAAUAUUUUAUUUAAAUUAAGCUAGUAUUCCUGUAAAGUUAAGCGUACUGGAUGACGCUUGAAUAACUCCUACUUUCUCAUGUACACAAUAAAAUUACCAUAAAAUGUAAAUCAAUUUGAUUUGACGAAAAUAAACACAAAAUAUCAGGCUGGUAUUUAAACAUUUUUAUAGUUUAUAGUAUGAGCGUAAUGGACGGAAACACAGUUGAGGAACAACCAAUUGUAUUUUAAUACAAAAUUACAGAGUAUCUUAGUGAAAUAUAAGGACCAUACAUAAAAUACUUCACCUGCAAAUAUCCUAUCAAUUAUCUCAAACUUUAUUGCUCUCAGUCCCCGUUCUCUUCGAUUCUAUCUUUACAACCUGCCUCC